CAGGUGCUUGCGUAGGUUUUAGAUUGUGUACAUCGCUUGAGUGACGCGUCCUAAACAACAGCAAUGUGGGAAAUGUAAAAUUGUAAUAUUUUGUACCAGGAUUUAAUUUUCUCCUUUGGAUUAUAAAUCAAAAUGUCGGACGCAGUUAUCAAAACUGUCGGAAGGAAACUAAAAUAUUAUUUUGAUGUGAAAAGAUUAGAAGAUGGAUUUGAUUUAUCUGGAGUACACAGUCCACAACUUGAUCAUCCACCAUUAAAAUCUAGACCAACACUGCAGUAUGAUGGGCUACACGACAGAGCACUUAAGCAUUACUUCAGCUUACCAGAAGUUAGAGUUAGACUUACAAAGAUGGAUUUGGGAGAGGAAUUUGCAAGAGAAGAAUAUGUAAAGGGAAAACUGAAGAAAACUAUGAUACGAUAUAAUUUUUUGCCUACAGCACAAGACGAGGAAGUUUUUCCUCGGAAAAAACGUGUAAAGUCAGCUGGGCCUUCUACCUUACCUGAAUACUGUUACAUAGAUACAAAAGAUGGCAGGAGACUGAAGAAAGAAAUGAUAGAAUUUCAAUCUUGGUAUAAAGAUCAACAGAGAAAUAAACCUUUAAAGGGAGGAUGGCCAAUUUUGAGAAGUGUACCACCAAGAAAUUUGUCAAAAGGAGAAGCUCAUCGACUUGUAAAUGCAGCUACAAAAAUUUUAAUAGCUACAGAAGCAGUAGAUGGUGUUAUGCCUCCAAAAUCUAAAAAAAGACCUCAGUCAGCACCAAGUCCUUUUGAGACCAAUAAAUCCUUACCGAGCUCAGAUCAGCAUGGCAAGAAGAAGUUACGUCCAACACCUGGUAAAUACACCUGGGAUAUCCAUGGUAGGAGACAUCGUAAUGUAAGGAUUAAGGGUAAAAGUCGUGAUGAUAGUUGUGACAGUGCAUACACUACAAGGACAAAUUCAAUGUCAUCUGAUUAUCAGAGAAGGAAAAUUGCAAGAGAUGAAUACAAGCCAAGACCCCCACCACCAAAGCAGGAACAGGAGGAUCAACGAAUAAAUGAUGUGUUUCUAACUCCUACAACUAAACCCCAUCAGAAAAGACGAAUUCAUAUCAUAAACAGGGAUGAACCUGUUGACGAUGAAGUACUGAGGAAUUAUGGGACACAGACUCAAGAUAAUGUUGGGAUACAAACAGAGAAACGAUUAAAUGAUGAUUAUGAUCAGGACGAGGACGAGGUGAAACAGGGUGACUGGGGAGAAUAUCAAAUCUACGUCAAAACUGGUGAAAACAUUGGUGCUAGUACAAAGGCUGAUAUUAAACUAACUGUGUAUGGUGAUAAAGGAAGAUCUAAAGAAUUCUAUCUGGACAGAUCAAAACGACAUAAAAUUACAUUCCAGAAAGGGAAGGAAGAUCUAUUUAUGAAAGCUUUUCCACAUGUCGGUAAAUUAAAGAAGAUCAGAAUAGGACAUGAUAGAACUGAACUAAGUUAUGCAUGGUUUUUAGAGAGUGUAACAAUAUAUGAUAUGAGAGAUAAGAGAGUAUAUGAUUUCCCAUGUAAACAAUGGUUGUCAGGUCAGGACGGGGACAGAAACACAUACAGAGUCUUACCAUUGACAAAUGAUAGAGCAUUUAUAGAAAAAUUUGAAGAGGAGAGUGAUUCUGAGGAUCAAAGAAGACGUUCCAGCUCUUCAUCAUCAUCUUCAUCAAGCGACUCAGAGGGUGAAAUUGAUAAAAAUAAAGGUACCAAAGUUAGUAUAUUAGUGCGUCGUAGUAGCAAAUCUAGAAAUGGAUCUGAGUCAGACUCUUCAACAUCUAGUAGCUCCAGUAGCUCAACUGUAACUAAGGAAGAGAGCAAAGGGAGGCCACUUUCUCCUAUGAAAAAAACAGAAGAAGAUGACUUUUUUGAUACGAGGGGGCAAGGGCCUACAACAUAUACAUUCAGAGAGCGUGUAACAGAGGACAGGAAGCAUGAUGAUUCUUCAACUACAGAUACCAGCACAACACCAAAACAUGUUUCUGUAGACACAUCAUCAGAAACAGAAAGUAGUUCAACAAAACCAGAACAAGAUUUCAUUCAUGGAUAUAAGGUUGGUUUAGAAGCUGUACAAGAGGAGGGAAGAAAGAAAAAGGAUGAAGAAAAUGAAGAUAGAAAGAAAGUGUUACGAGGUCCUACCAUACAAAGUGCUGCAAAAAUUGGAAGUUUGAAACGGGUCCAAGAACUACUGCAAUAUUUCCCAGAAAUGAUUUCACAACGGGAUGAGAUAGGAAUGACUCCUUUACAUAUAGCAACAAAACAUGGGCAGCUAGAAGUUGUCAAAUGGUUAGCAGUCAAUGGAUCCAGUUUGAAUGAGGAGACACCUACAGGAUAUACACCGAUACACUUAGCUGCUAUGUCUGGCCAUGUUAAUUGUUUAAUGGUACUGGCAGCGCUAGGUGCAGCAAUAACAUGUCGAUCAGCUGACAAGAAAACUCCCCUGUAUCUAGCAGCAAUGGAGGGACAUUUAGAGUGUGUUAAGUGGUUAAUUGCAAAUAGAGCCAGACUUGAUGUUAAAGAUGACAUGGGUCGUACACCACGUCAGGUUGCCGAGGAAUAUCAACACAGAGCUGUGGCAGAUUUUCUUAAAGCUUGUGAGGAUGAGAUGAAAGACCCAAACAGUGGAUUUGCUCAAAUGAGAACAAACGAUCAGAAUGGGAAUGGAAGUUCCAGUCCAAAAGAAACCAAGGACAUGUGGAAAGAUGAUGAGGAAUCCUCAAAGUUGGCAGAUAGCGAAUCAGAAGAUGAAAAAUCACGCUCUAGUCAGAAAGAAUUAGAGGAAAAGAGAAAACUGUAUGAAGAACAACACCAGAAAAUGGAAAAGACUGGAGAAUCAUUUUUAGACAGUAUAAGAGAUGAAGUUGACCAUGAGUCUUAAUUACAUUUAAAAUAGUUAUUCUCUGACAUUAUAUCAGGUUUUGGUAAGAUGAAGAAAUGUUAUGCUUUUUAAUACUUAAGUAGACAAGCUUGCCAAACAUGUUUGACAAAAUUUAUUGGAAUAUUAUUGUUAUGAUAUAUUGUUAAACUUUUUUUUCUGACUUGAUAUGAUUGUUAAAUAGAGUGUAGCUGCUACUGCCAGUAUGUUGAUAAAUUAUAUUUUGUAUGAGUCCGUCCAUCUAACUAUUUGUUAACAAGGGGCAUAUUCAAGGGAGCUCAUAUAGCACCCUGUAGAUUGGGAUUUUGUUUUCUAAAAUCCAUAUGUUAAAUGCCUAGAAAUUUUAAUCUUUUAACCAAAAAUGUUAAUCUUUUAUAGUUUAUUAUUACCCUGACAUUUUGUUUGGAUAUUUUUUCUGUUAUAUCUUAUUUCUAAAGGAUACUUAGUUACUUUGCUCCUCUCAAGAACACUUAGUUGAUGUAGUAAAAAUGUAGGUACAAGUUUGUAUCAGGUCAAUCCCAGAGAGAAUUGUUCUUUAUAGUGAACAAAAUAAUAUAUCAACCAGACAACUCCAUUUCCAAACAAUAUUAUUCUUGUGCUUAUUUUAUAGAAAUAAACUACUCAUAGAUGUUUUACAUAAUCACAACUAAAUCAUGAAUUUUUAAUUAUCAGGGUCUUUAAAUAAUUGUGUUAUUUAAAUAGUACUAAAUGGUGGCAAAUAUAACAUUUAAAAGUAAUACAAGUUUGAAAAUAGUUUAUAUCAUAUAUUGAAAUAAUGAAAAAUAAUAUGAAAAAGUAUUUAAAGAAAUUAAUUUUUUUUCUAUUUUUUUCUUUAACUUUUUAAAUCUUUCUGUCUUCAAAACUAUUUAAUAUACCUCUUGAUAGAAAAAAAAACUAUUUGGGUCCUUAGAGGUAUUGUUUUGAUCAGUGGCAGAUCCAGAACUUUUCAUAAGGGGGGGCCCGCUGACUGACCUAAGUGGGGGCCCGCUCCAGUCAUGCUUCAGUGAUUCCCUAUAUAAUCAACCAAAUUUUUCCCACUGGAUCCGCCUAUGUUGAUGAAUUUAUCAACUUUAACUUUUUUGGGUAAUAUGCAGAAGAUUUGAAUGUAUUAUGAGAUAAAACUUAUGAACUAAACAUUUUUAGCAUUAACAUUGUACCAUAUUAAUAUCUACACAAAAUUCCAUGUUAACCUUCUAUGAUCAAUUUACUAUCCAUUCACAUCCAUUUCCUUUAUUUGUUUUGAAUGUACAGAUGAACUGAGGAAGCUAAAACUUGAUGUUUGUUGUUUAUUUGUUAUUCAGGGGAGAUAACUUUCAUUUGAAGUACCAUUUGUUUGUGCUCAAGGACAUGAGGCCAAAAUAAAUUUUAUUGCUAGAUGUAUUGCAACCAGACUUAACGUAGACAUUACACUGUAUAUAGCAGCACUCAAUCAUUAUUAUCUAGAAAAAAUUUAAGGUGGCCUUAAAGCAAAUCUGUGAUAUGAGUAAUUGCAUUAGUAUUUAUGAUUGAUUUUAUUGAGUACUAAGUAUAAAAUGUAAUCAAUAAAAGAAGUAUUGAGUACUAAGUAUAAAAUGUAAUCAAUAAAAGAAGUAUUGAGUACUAAGUAUAAAAUGUAAUCAAUAAAAGAAGUAAAUAAUGGAAAUAACAGAAAGUGAUUUUUUACCCCAAUAGGUUCACUUCUGUUCUUGUUUGACUUUUGUUGGUGUUUGUUUGUAUAAUUUAUGUACAAAAAAGUCUUUUUAGGGAAAAGGGUUAGACAUUUUGGUGAGGGAAAAGUGCAAAUAAAAUCAUUCUGAACUAGCAUUUAUUUAUUUGUCAAUUUUGAUUACUUGAAGUACUUCAUUUUAAUUGAAGUUAUACUGUAAAUUCAGAAACUAUUGCGUGCAAUUAUUAUUGCGAUUUUUGAAGAAUUGGCAAAAAUGCGAGAUCAAUUAUUGCAAUUUCAGGAAAAACUGCAUACAGACAGAACCAUAGAAUUCAGAAUGCGAGUUUUUAUUAUUGCUAAACUCACCUAGUUGCAUUAAUUGCAAUAAUAAAAACCUCGCAAUAAUUUCUGAAUUUACAGUAAUGCUUUGCUGUGAUCUAUAUUGAAGGUGAUGAAGACAGUAUAUUUGGUUUAUUAUAACACAUUACAGGCUUUUUGAAAUUAAAAAAAUAUCACAUAAUUAAUACAAUGUAUUAUUAUAUGAUACCAAAAUAUAGUUUUCUUAUAGAAAGUAGGUAUAAAGGGGAUAAAAUCAUUUCAUUUUUUUUUUCAUUUGAAUCAUCAGUAAAUAAGUAGAACUAUAUUCCAUUGUUAAGCAGUGAGUAUAUUAAUGGAUUUGUGUGUUGUUAUUUGUAUGAAUAACACUUCAAAUGUUGCAGAGUAUGAAAACCACCUGUCAGUAUAUUGCACUAUAUAUGUGUAAUGUAACACAAAUUCAUAAUGUAAACUUAUAGGGUUGCAACUAUAUAAAAUAUUUUGUUAAUUGAGAGUGUUCUUCAGGGACAUUGUAGUUGAAUUAAAGAUAAUAAGGCUAAUAAAUAUAUAUAUGUAGUGAAUUGCGUUUUAGAAGAGAAAGAUCUACUGACUUUUAGAAAUUGAUAUGUUUAUCAGUUUUGUUUUUGAAGAAUUUAUUUUGCUAUAUUUAUUUUAGAGUACGUUGUUAAUAAGUUAAUUUUGCUAUUUUUUAUUAACCAUUUUUGAAUUUUUAAGAUACUCUGAAAUAUAUCAAAGUAACAGUAAAACAGACAUGGCAUCUGCGUUCAAAACUGUAAAUGUAUACGUGAAUUUUACCAUACAUGUACACAUGUUCUUACCUUACCUAUUACAUUUACUGUUCAAAUGUUUCAGCAUCACAUAAGAUUGAAGUUAACGUUACAGUCUUUGUUCUGUUUUUAGUACUACCUUUCUGUAUUAUGUUAUUUAAUAGAUAUUCCAGCUUUUCUUUCGUCUGUAGUUGAGACAUGUUAACUGUGAUACGAUUUCAUCGUAGAUGUUGUUCUUAAAAAAAGAGGAUCUGAAUAAAAAAAGAAAAUUUA